GUACAAUAACUUUGUCCCAUCUUAUAGUGCCGCGUAGGAAAGUUGCCUCCGUGACGCGCAAAGUAUGUGCGCUGACUGCCAAACUCCCUGCGGAGAAAAGGACCCAAUCUGCUCCAGGGGACCCAAUUUGAUCCCAAUUCUAAACACAAGCGAGAUGGAGCCACAAAUCCAGCAGCCAGACACGGGUCAUAGUGAAGGUGCGUGUCAGAGAGGAUGCGGACUUGUGUUGUCCAGUGAAGAUAUGGAACAUUGUUGCGUGGACGCUUUACGCACAAGGAACGAUGCGCUGAAGGAGAGGAACGCGACUUUGGAGCAUGAAGCCCGGAUGGCGAGACUCAGGUGGGACAGAAGGGAACAGUCCUUGUUGGCCCAGGUGUCAACUCUGCAGAACAAGGCGCAGCUCGCAACCCUGAAGUACCAACGGAGACUGCACCAGUACAUGCUGCACAUUAACAACAUAGCAGAGCAGGUCAUAGGGUACUACAAGAGUGACUUGAAGACAACAGCUGAGAUGCAAAGCCAGAUAUGUACAGAAGAAGGGUCACAGAUCAGAGCACCUAAGGUGAAUGGGAGGGAGUUGUCCAAGACCAGCCAUGAUGAGACUGUGGAGGCCUUUCACACUGCCAAGGACCCCGUUGUGGUGCAGGUCAUCAGGCGGACCCCCAGCGGCCGCCCCCAUGGCCCCCCUCAGGAAAUCCAUGUGGUGGAUGUGUGCACUCAGACCGACAUCACCUUUGAACACAUCAUGGCGCUGGCAAAGCUCAGGCCUUCAACCCCCCCUGUGCCUGACGUCUGUCCAUUUCUACUCUCUGACAGCUGUCAUUCUCUUCAUACAAUGGACCAGGAUUAUUAUGAUGGGACAGCCUACCUCUCCCCUGUUGCCGCUGAUGGAGAGAGGACAGAGGAGUUUGAGUAUGAGGAGGUGGAACUAUGUCGACUUAACAGCCAAGAGAAGUUGGGGCUAACUUUGUGCUACAGGACAGAUGAGGAGGAUGACGUGGCCAUCUAUGUCAGUGAGAUCAGUCCAAACAGCAUUGCUGCCAGAGACGGGCGCAUUCGAGAAGGGGAUCGCAUUUUACAGGUUAAUGGCCAAGAUGUGCAAGACAGAGAGGAAGCGAUGGCUGCACUCUCCAAUGAGGACUCUAGGAAUAUUGUGCUGCUGGUUGCCAGACCUGAAAUGCAGCUGGAGGAGGCCUGGCUGGAUGAUGAGCACAGUGAGUUUUUGGAGCAACUGAAGAUGGAAAUGUUGGAGGAGCAGCAGAGAGAGGAGAUGGAAUUGGCUGCCUUUCAGGAGGAGCAAGAGAAUGAACAGAGAGAAGAAGAUGACAAGCCCACCUGUUCCACUCUCCCUCAUCAUAAGAGCAAUGUACCGAGUACAAAAGACAGAAGGGAAAGCUCAGACCAUAAUGUUCUAGCACAUUUUCAGAGACGUCUGUCCCAGUGCCUGAGAGACAGUCGGGACACUUACCGUGCCAAUGGCUCCACACGGCUGGAGGACAAAGACGAUGACGAAGAUGAUGAGAUGGAGGGUGAUCGUUUCAAGCAGCUGUUGGAGCUUAAGUGUCAAAUUCGUAACAGCGGAGAGUAUGACCUGUUUUACAGUCGCCGUAGCACCAUAGAGUGCAGUGUGGGGGAGCAGGGGGGUGUACAGCAUGAGCUACGUAUGCUUAACGAAGAGCUGCGCAGCAUUGAGCUUGAAUGUCAAAACAUCAUGCAGGCCCAUAAGCUUCGUAAGGGCCAGCAGUCUCCCUCCACUGGACGCUCUGCCCCUUCCAAAAACCAAAGCCCCCACCGGAGUGACCCCACCAGGAGUAAGCUGACAGACAUUAAUGAGCGGCUUGAGAAAUCGGACAAGGACAGCUCCAGUGCCUACAACACAGCUGAAAGUUCACGGAGCACCCCUCUAGCAAUGGAUCGCUCCCCAGAACACUCUCUCCAGAGAAUGGUAAGCCUCACCAACCAGAGGAACCUCUGCAGCGGCCUUGCCAGUGGCCACUCUCCUAGCCCGAGCCCCAUCCCAGCAUGCCGAGCUCCUGUCCUGGGUAAAAGCAGUAGUCCUGACCACAGCAAUCCUUCCGAGUCAGACCAGACACCUCAGGCUGAGGAGGAGAGGGCAGGGAAAGUCAAACCACAAGGUUCGCAGAUUCCUUAUUUUUCCCCCUCUCACAGCUCCCAGCACAGGCCAACCAUCAUACCAGCCCAUGCCCGCCACUACCAGAGCUAUAUGCAGCUAAUCCAGCAGCGCUCAGCUGUAGAGUAUGCUCAGAGUCAGCUCAGUCUGCUCAGUGUCUGCAAAGAACCACAAAGGCCCAUUAAUGAGCCCAAGAUGGAGUGGAAGGUCAAGAUCCGCAGCGACGGCACGCGCUACAUCACCAAGAGGCCUGUAAGAGAUAAGAUUCUGAGGGAGCGAGCCCUCAAGAUUAAGGAAGAGCGCAGUGGAGGGAUGACCACCGAUGAUGAUGCAAUGAGUGAAAUGAAGAUGGGGAGGUAUUGGAGCAAAGAGGAGCGAAAGCAGCACCUGGUCAGAGCAAAGGAACAGCGGAAAAGACGAGAGUUCAUGCAGCGCAGUCGGUUGGAAAGUUUAAAGGAGAACCCUCAGAGCAGCAGUGAGGGUCGCAAGGAAGUCAGCAUUAUUGAGCUGAGCCACAAGAAGAUGAUGAAGAAACGCAACAAGAAGAUCCUAGACAAUUGGAUGACCAUCCAGGAACUGAUGACUCACGGUACUAAGGCCCCUGAGGGAGCCAAGGUACACAACGCCUUCCUAUCAGUCACUACUGUAUAAAACAAACACACACACAUUCUACCCCAUGUGGUAUAAAAUACUUGCCUCGUUCAAUGUGGCAUUUUUAUGAGGACAAUAGGAAUAUUUUUCACACUUUGUAAUCCAAAAAGCAUUUUGUAAAGGAUUUAUGAGUGGUGUUAUGGCAUUUUCUUCAUGUUUUCAAGUAUUGUUUUUCAUAUUACUUCGCUCACAAUUUUCUAUGGAAUUAUAAUAGUUAAAUCAAUUAUUUUUCUUACUUCAAUCUGUACAUGUUUAUGUUUUUAUUCGUUUUUAUAUUUGUGUUGCAACCAUAUAACUCAAGAAAAUUUUAUGAACAUCUGAAGGAAAAUGCAGUGAAAUCAGUUGUUCUCCAGCCUUAUUCUUUUUUAACACUCCAGUCCAAUGUCACAUUACUCCUCUUAACCCUGAAUGCUGAAACCUCAAGGUACGUUAUCAGGAGAGAGGCAAGAUGUACUGUGCAAUGGCUCAGGUGUAUGCACAUGACCUUAUUUUAUAAUGUAGUUCACAUACCAACAACCAGUAGCAACUGAGUGCAAGGACACUGAGCAUCAAAUGUAAAGCAAGUCCAGAACAGUGAACAUACAUGUAAAUUUUAUUUAAAUAUGUUUUAAGUAAAUUAGGAAGAAAAAUCCCGAAGGCCUACAGGUAAAGCUUAAAAACAUGGGUAAUACUAGAAGCACUUGGAGAGCGCAGACCUCUGCCAAGGCAGAUCAGUGGUCCCCCCACCCCCACC